GUAUGUACGUGUAUCUGUUUGUAGAAACUCAAAUCUAUGGAUCUUCUUUUGGAUGGUUGGUUGUAUCGGAAAAGGCUCUGAUGGCCUUGCUCGUUUUCCUAUCUGUUAGUCUCUGAAUGGGUGGUUCUUCCUGUCUGUUAGAGCCAUGGUUUCUCUUCGAAUUUGAGGGCAUACCGGUCUUUCUGCACCGGAGCCCUUUCUCAUGAUGAAAUAUUGACCCACGCGCUUGAGUCUUGAUUUGUAUUGGGGAUUUUUUUUUGUUCUACGGUGGAUCGUUCUUGCUUUUUGUGUUGAAUUAUUGCUCCUUUUUGGGUAAUAUGCACCAGUUGAAUUUAGUGAAGUCCUUAAAAAGAUGCGCUUAUCUGAAGCAAGUUUUGUGUGCUAAUGCGUCUAGGCUUAUUGCUCAAAUGGUGGGAUUGAUAAACCCUGUUCAUACUGCGGCAGGUUGUUUCCUUGGCGUUAAUUGGUUUUAGAUUUUUAUUGUGUUUUGUUUUGCCAGUGAUACUGGUAGAAUUGUCCGAGGUAUGCAAUGUCAUGCAGACUGAAUUGCUUGUGUGAUGAUUAUGUGAUUCACCCAUGGGAAGACCUUAAUGCUUCUGUCCUGUGCUUUUGGGAAACAAAAAGUAUCGACCAAGGUCAAUUGGGAGUUUGUUUCCAUCGAGUUAUUAAAAGUUUUAUGGUACAAGGUGGAGAUAUUUCUGCUGGCGAUGGCACCGGGGGAGAAUCCAUAUAUGGAUUGAAGUUUGAAGAUGAAAAUUUUGAAUUGAAACAUGAAAGGAAAGGAAUGUUGUCAAUGGCUAACGCUGGUCCUAACACUAAUGGGUCUCAGUUUUUCAUCACAACCACCCGCACUUCUCAUCUGGAUGGGAAGCAUGUUGUAUUUGGGAAAGUUGUUAAAGGCAUGGGAGUAGUUCGUUCUAUUGAGCAUGUUACUACUGGUGAAAAUGAUCGGCCCACUGUUGAUGUUAUGAUUGCGGAUUGUGGAGAAAUUCCUGAGGGGGCAGAUAAUGGAAUUGCUAACUUUUUCAAAGACGGUGAUACCUACCCGGAUUGGCCAGCUGACCUGGAUAACAAUCCCAGUGAGCUGUCUUGGUGGAUGAAUGCUGUGGAUUCUGUGAAGGCUUUUGGAAAUGGUCAUUUCAAGAAGCAAGACUAUAAGAUGGCUCUUAAGAAGUACAGGAAGGCUUUACGAUAUUUGGAUGUCUGCUGGGAGAAGGAUGGGAUUGAUGAAGAGAAAAGUUCCAGUUUAAGAAAGACAAAAGCACAGAUAUUUACCAACAGUGCUGCUUGUAAAUUGAAAUUGGGGGAUCUAAAGGGGGCGCUAGUGGAUACUGAUUUUGCAAUGCGUGAUGGAGAAAAUAAUGUGAAAGCUUUGUUUCGCCAAGGCCAGGCUCACAUGGCACUUAAUGACAUUGAUGCUGCUGUUGAAAGUUUCAAGAAGGCCCUGGAACUGGAGCCAAAUGAUGCUGGGAUAAAGAAGGAACUUUUUGCUACAAGGAAAAAGAUUGCUGAGAGACGUGAUCAGGAGAGAAAAGCAUAUAAGAAGAUGUUCCAAUCAUAAUUGGUAAAUGGUUGCGUUGGAGGGCGAAGAACAUAAGCGCAUAUUCAAAUCAACAAAAAGCAACUGUAAAAAUAUUGAGCCUGAACCAAUUUUUGUCAGUGAAUUUCUGUGGUUUAUAAAUGUGUAGCUCAAGCAUUUUGUAGCUGGCUACACUGGACUUCAUAUUUAGCAAAGACCCAUCUUUUUUUUUUUUUUUUUUUUGUAUCUUUUGGUGAGAACUACAGUUUAGAGCAUUGAAUAUAGAUAUUUACUUGAACUAUUUUGUGUCAACAUUAUGCUAGAUCUUACAGACACGGGACACUAUUUUGAAUGGCUAGGUCAAUGACCAUGGAUAAAUCUCAGAAUUUUUUAAUAUCAGG